AUGCAGAUAAGAUUCAGGAGAAUACAAUCAUCACGGAGUGAGAAACAAUUAACGCGAAUAUACAUGUACGAUGCAUCCAAACCAGUCGGUGCAUUAUUCGGUGCAUUGUGUCAAUCAGUUACCGAGGCAAUAUCCAUAAAAGAUGAACAGGUUUUCUCCUCCAUACGACGGUAG